CCGCAGGACUACCGCACCGGAGGUGGUCCCGGGUUUCGCCUGGGCCCCGCUGGAGUUGGCAGAGGGUUUCAUGGUCCAGUGAGAGACGGUAGUGGUGGGGGCAGUUUAGUCAAACUCUUUGUGGGAGCUAUUCCCAGGACUGCAACUGAAGGGGAUGUUCGACCCUUAUUUGAGGAGCAUGGGGAUGUUUGUGAAGUGAUUUUUGUCAAGGAUCGGAUAACAGGCCAGCAACAAAGUUAUUGUUUUAUAAAGUAUGCAAUGUUGGGAGAUGCAGAAAGGGCCAUUGAAGCUUUGCAUAACCAGUAUACGCUACCUGGGGGAUCAGGUCCCAUUCAAGUAAGGUAUGCAGAUGGGGAACGGGAGCGCCUUGGUAUUUCACGUCCAAGACUGUUUUCUUGUGCAUUUGACAAGUUGUUUGUUGCAUCGCUCAGUAAAGAAGCCACUGAAAAGGAAAUUGAGGAAAUCUUUUCACCAUAUGGCCGAGUUGAAGAUAUAUAUAUUUUGAAGGAUGAUAUGAAGCAAAACCGUGGAUGCUGCUUUGUAAAACUGGCAAAUAGAGAGAUGGCAGCAGCAGCUAUAAGUGACUUGCAUGGAACCUAUGUGAUGAGUGGAUGUGAUCAGCCGUUAAUUGUUCGGUUUGCAGAUCCUAAAAAGCCCAAGGGCGGAGAAUUGAGGAGUGAUCCUACAUUUCGGGGUCCUGUUUUCCACUCUCCUCCAGCAGUAGUAUCACACAGGGUAAAGCCUGACCAUACUGAGCUAGUGGAUGGACAUUUGCCACCUAAUACUUCAAGACUAAUUAGUCAAGAAUCAGAUGGACCUUCUUCUCAGGUUGAUAUUAUGGGCAUCCCUGCUGAUCGUACAAACAUUACACAAUCGAGCCUUGCAGUGUCAAUAUUUUCACCUCAACAGGUUCAACAGAUUGAGCAGCUUCAAACCUCUUUAAUUGUCGCUGAUUCGCCUCCUAUCCAGCAGAAUUCCCAAGCAGAUGCCACACGAACACCACUGAGCCUGCAGAGGCAAGGUGUGUCUGAUCUUGCUGAUCAACAAAAGCUGCCUGUCACUUCCAUCUCCCAACAAUUGCUUCAAACUCCUCUACGACAAUCACCAUCUUCUCUCAGACAGUCUCUACAGAAUAGCAGGACACAAUCAGCAUCCAGCCCUCCUACUGCGCCAGCUACAACUAUGUCAUCGGUGGUAUCAAUAGCUAUUCCAUCAGCCCGGCACAUGACUUUUCACAUAUCCUGUAAUUGGUCAGAGCACACAUGUCCUGAUGGAUUUAAAUACUAUUAUAACUGCAUAACCCGCGAAAGUAUGUGGGAAAAACCUGAUGAAUAUGCACAUUUUGAGCAAACGAAACAACAGAAUCAGCAACAGCAGCGUAAGCCAGCACUUCAGUCCAAACUGCCGAAUGCACCUUCUCAAACUCAGUUGAAGUCGCAGAGUCAGUCUCCACAAGUUCGCUAAUUACAAGAAGCAUAUCCUCAGAGUUGUGCUUGACGAUGGGAUACGAAAAUUUAUGCAGAGAGCUUGCAGUGGGAAGGAGACCCUCCAAGUGUUUAGAUAAGCGAAUUUCUGAAUCUCAUGUUGUAUUUCAGGUUUGUGUGAUGUAUCCUAGCUUUUAGCACCAUAUAAUAUUGAAUAAUUAAUAAUAGGAGUGCUCUCAUUGACUUAAUUUUUAUCAUCUUUCACCCUUUGUAAUUCCGUUCUUUUUUCUCAAGAAAGUAAUGCAGAUAUACACUUUCUUCUUCUUCUUCUUC